AACCUCUUCCUCUCUCAUCUCUAAACUUACUGUUUUCCCACUCCCCAAUGGCGCCACCAAACGACCCCGCCAACGCAAUCUACACCUCUCCUAAACCAGUGAAAAAUGACACCGUCUUCGACCUCUCCGGGGGAAAGCUCUCCGUGCAGAACGUACCGCUUCUGUCCGAGAUUCCGGCCACCGUCACCUUCCGGAGCUUCUCCUCCGUGGUGAAAUCUUCCUCCGCGCCGGCAGAGGUCUUUGACCGAGCACUCUCCCUCUCCCACAAGGGCGGCUUCCUCGGCUUCAGCCAGCGCACGCCGUCCGACCGCCUCACCACCUCCAUCGGAAAAUUCACCGGCCGCGACUUCGUCAGCAUCUUCCGGUUCAAGACGUGGUGGUCCACUCAGUGGGUGGGAACCUCGGGCUCCGACAUCCAGAUGGAAACUCAGUGGAUCAUGCUCGACGUCCCCGAGAUCAAAUCCUACGUCGUCGUCAUCCCAAUCGUCGACGGCAGCUUCCGCUCCGCCUUGCAGCCUGGGGCAGACGGCCACGCUCUCCUCUGCGCCGAGAGCGGCUCCUCCGCCGUGAAGGCAGCUACCCUGGGGGCUAUUGCCUACGUCCACGUCUCCGACAACCCCUACACGCUGAUGCGGGACGCCUACACGGCCGUGCGGUGCCACCUCGGCACGUUCCGCCUCAUCGAGGAGAAGGCACCCCCACCUCUCGUCAACAAGUUCGGCUGGUGCACUUGGGACGCCUUCUACCUCACCGUGGAGCCCGCCGGGAUCUGGCACGGCGUCAAGGAGUUCGCUGAGGGGGGGCUCUCCCCGCGCUUCCUGAUCAUCGAUGACGGAUGGCAGAGCAUCAACGUCGAUGGUCAAGACCCGCACGAGGACGCCAAGAACCUUGUUCUCGGCGGCACUCAGAUGACGGCCCGCCUCCACCGCUUCGAGGAGUGCGAAAAGUUCAGAAAGUAUCAAGGCGGAUCAAUGGUGGGGCCCAAAGCCCCCCCAUUCAACCCAAAGAAGCCCAAAAUGUUGAUCAGCAAGGCGAUCGAGCUUGAGAUGGUUGAAAAGGCUAGAGACAAAGCGGUGCUGGCCGGCGUAACCGAUCUCACUGAGUUUGAAAUUGAAAUUCAGAAGUUUCAGAAGGAGCUAGACGAGAUGUACGGUGGAGGGACCGACGAGAAGGGGACGUCGGGCAAGAGCUGCUCCGGCUGCUCUUGCAAGACGGAGGAGACCGGUAUGAAGGCAUUUACCAAGGAUUUGAGGACUAAUUUUAAAGGAUUGGAUGAUAUAUAUGUCUGGCAUGCAUUGGCUGGUGCGUGGGGUGGGGUUAGGCCUGGGGCGACUCAUCUCAAGGCUAAGAUCGUGCCUUGCAAGCUCUCGCCGGGGCUGGAUGGGACCAUGACGGAUCUUGCUGUUGUCAAAAUCAUCGAGGGCUCUAUCGGCCUCGUCGAUCCCGAUCAAGCUGAUGACUUCUACGACUCUAUGCACUCUUAUCUUGCUAAAGUUGGGAUCACAGGAGUCAAAGUGGAUGUUAUUCAUACACUUGAAUAUGUAAGUGAAGACUAUGGGGGCAGAGUUGAUCUUGCAAAGGCUUAUUACAAGGGUUUGUCCAAAUCCCUUAACAAGAAUUUCAACGGAACUGGUCUUAUUUCCAGCAUGCAGCAAUGUAAUGACUUCUUCUUCCUUGGAACUGAGCAGAUUUCAAUGGGAAGAGUCGGGGAUGACUUUUGGUUCCAAGAUCCAAAUGGCGAUCCAAUGGGAGUUUAUUGGCUACAAGGGGUCCACAUGAUCCAUUGUGCCUACAACAGUAUGUGGAUGGGACAAUUCAUCCAACCAGAUUGGGACAUGUUUCAGUCUGACCAUUGUUGUGCUAAAUUUCACGCUGGAUCAAGAGCUAUUUGUGGAGGCCCAGUUUAUGUCAGUGACUCUUUGGGAGGCCAUAAUUUUAAUCUUCUGAGAAAGCUAGUUUUCCCAGAUGGAACAAUCCCUAAAUGUGUGCAUUUUGCUCUCCCAACCAGAGACUGCCUCUUUAAGAACCCCCUCUUUGAUAGCAAGUCCAUCCUCAAGAUUUGGAAUUUCAACAAGUAUGGAGGUGUCAUCGGGGCCUUCAACUGCCAGGGCGCUGGGUGGGACCCCAAGGAGCAGAGGAUCAAGGGCUAUUCUGAGUGCUACAAGCCACUCACCGGCUCAGUCCACGUGUCGAAUCUUGAGUGGGAUCAAAAGGCCGAAGCAGCUAGCCUCGGGGAAGCCGAGGAGUACGCUGUCUACCUAACUGAGGCAGAGAAGAUUGUUGUGACUACAAAGGAAUCGGAUCCUAUUUCGGUGACUCUGCAGCCGUCCACGUUUGAAAUCUUUAGCUUUGUCCCGAUCAAAAAGAUUGGCCAAGAUUCUAAGUUCGCGCCUAUUGGCUUGACCAAUUUGUUUAACAGUGGAGGGACGAUCCAAGGACUGGUAUAUGAUGAGUUCGUAGCCAAGAUCGAGGUUAAGGGUGAAGGUACAUUCUUGGCGUAUUCUAGCAUUGUCCCUAAGAAAUCGUAUGUCAAUGGCGUUGAGACUGUUUUCCUAUGGUCCGGAGAUGGGAAGGUGCAAGUUAGCAUUCCUUGGUACGAAGAGUGUGGAGGAAUUUCUAACAUAACUUUUGUGUAUUAAUCAAGGGUCGUUUCUCGGUAGCUCAAUAGCAGAGUGGUCAGUUACAUGAGUGAUUGGUCGUAACUUCAAAUCCAAUAAUCUAUUGAGGCUUCCGAGUUUGAUAAGUUUGAUCAUGAAGCAUAUGGUAAGAAAGUAAGUGACUGCCUGAUGGUGCACCAGGCUAAGAAAUUAUGAUAUGUUUUUUUCUUUUUCUUUUUUGUAUUGAUUUGGAUUUUGUUUUGUAUAAAUAAUGUCCCGUUUAAGAGGUCAAGAGUUACCUAUGGAAGGGAUGUCCUGUUCAACAUUCUGCCGUGCAAGAAUUUCUCUUUCAGCUUCAA